AUGAUUCGCAAAGUCGAUGACUUCAACGCCUUUACUGUUCGCGAAGAUCAAGGCACUAUCGGUUACGAUACCGAACAGAGUCGAGUAGACACCAUUCAGCAGCUGGUCGAGCCUUAUGGACAGGCUCUCAUCGACCUGUACUUCCGCAUCAUCCACCCAUCAUUUCCCAUUCUCCACAAAGGUGUCUUCCUUGAGAAGCACGCACGUUCCUAUCGCGAGUUUUCGCCUGCCCUUCUUGCGGCCGUCUACCUUCUUACUACCAAUUACUGGAGAUGCUCGCCAGCCCUAGCGACUAAGCCCAAGCCAGAUGCCAAGCGGCUAUACGAACUAGCAAUAGAGUCUUACGACCUGACAAUCUAUCGUCCGAAGCUCUCGUCGGUCCAAGCGGGUUUACUGCUCGCACAAUACGAAUGCUUUGAUUCUGAUGUUAUGAGUUGUGGCUCUAGAGGCAAGCUCACAGCGCAGCUGGUCGCAAUGUCGCAUACCAUGGGCCUUCAUCUAGAUUGCUCAAGAUGGGAUCUGCCCGCUUGGGAAAUCAGCUUGCGUUGUCGUCUUGCCUGGGCCAUAUAUGUUCAGGACAAAUGGGUAGCUCUUAUCGAAGGUCGACCAGCUUUGGUUUCAGACUGUGACUGGCUCGUACCACUCUUACAGCACAAGGACUUCCCAGAACACGAAGAGCACAACGAGGAAGGUAGCUCGGAAGUUGAGAAAAGCCGGAUCAUCUUCAUCCAAAUGAUUGAUCUUACACGAAUACUCUCUGAUAUUCUGGAAGGGAUUUUCAGCUUGCGCUCGCAUCACGCUAUACAGAUAUCAGCAGAUCCAGUUGGAACUCUAUUGAGCAGAGUGCAGCCUUUGCAGCGUCGGCUCGGUGCUUGGUUCGAUUCGUCUAUGGGGGUCCUGUGUCUGGAACGAGCUUCGACCAUGAGAUUAACUUGUAUAGGUAAGUGUCGUCGAUCCCAUGUACUCAGGCACUCGCCUCUGACCAUCUCCNNAGGAUACCUGAGACUUGCUUAUCUUGCUGUCGAGGUCAGCCUGCAUCGACGUAUCAUAUGCCAAGUCAUGUCUUCUCCAUCGGAUCCAAACACGGCUGGGGCCUGCCGUGUCGCCGCUAAGCAAAGAUGGCUAUCUGCACUCGAGUUCGUGGAUAGUCUAAAAGCACGCCACCUCAAAUCGUUCUGGUAUUUUAGUUCGACUGCCUGCUUGACAUUGCUCAUCUCCUUCGGCAAUGUACUUGUUGGCUCGGCUUUCGACUCAUCCGAGGAACAAUUCUAUCUCGACAAGCUCAAAGAGUUUCGAUGGACCCUAAAAAUCAAUGGCGAAAUGGGCGCGAAGUUCAUGAAUGCAGCUAUUAGAUCGAUGAUCCUCGAUCCCAAGGAAAUUCGCAAGCCCGAGCCUCCUGUCACCAGCUCCGUUCCCAGUCCUGUGUCGCGGUCCGAGUCAAGUUUUGGCACCUCUUCACAUAACGCAUUCAGGAACAUGGCCAUCCAACCCAGUCAAACCUCUCUGGGAUCCUCUGGUGUUGGAUCAGGCUGGGUCAAUCCAACAACAUACGCUAACCCACCAGUGUUCGCUGGAUUCAAUCCCGGUAUGCCUGUGCAAGUACCUUACAUGUCUGGUUAUGCUUGGGCACCGCCUUCCUUCGAGAAUGGUCAGCCGGCGAACGACUAUCUUGACCACAUGCCUGGCUGA